AAUAGGAAAAUGGGCAUAACCAAUUGGUUCCAAGAGAAAGUCACUGAUCCCCUUCUCUCCGUUGUUCGCAGAGGAGCUGAUCCAAAGCAGUUAGCUUUCUCUGCUGCUCUUGGUAUUACAUUUGGAGUAUUUCCUAUAUGUGGAGUCACUGUACUCCUUUGUGGGAUGGCUAUUGCAUUGCUUGGAUCACUUUGCCAUGCUCCAACUGUGAUGCUUGGAAACUUUAUUGCUACUCCAAUAGAGUUGAGUUUGGUUGUCCCCUUUUUACGCUUAGGUGAAGCUAUUUUUGGUGGAUCACAUUUCCCUUUAACAUCUGAUGCUUUAAAGAAAGUUCUUACUGGUCAAGCGUCACGUGAAGUUAUAUUGAGUGUUGUCCAUGCGUUAAUAGGGUGGUUGGUCGCAUCACCUUUUAUUUUGGGAGUUCUAUACGUAAUGCUUUUGCCAUGCUUCAAAAUUCUGAUUCGUAAAUUCUCAAGUUCAGAAGGAAGGUUGAAGGCACUUCCGGAGGAAGAGGGAAUAAUAGCCACACGCACCUUAGACAUGGAUCUAUAA